GACGCAGACCAUUGGCCACCAAUUCUUUCUAAACAAAGUGACCGAUCAGUUGAGAUACGAGAUCUCCCGAUGCGGUUAUACCGAAAUCCUAACAUUCUCUUUAUGCUCUCGCGACGAUAUCGGAGAGAAAAUGCGAAGAAAGGACUCGCUUUCAAAGGCAGUCCAUGUGGCGAACCCAAAGACAUUGGACUUCCAAGUCGGUCGCACUUCCCUAUUGCCCGGACUCCUCAAAACCAUUUACUCCAACAAACAAAUACCUCUUCCGCUCAAACUUUUUGAGAUCUCAGAUGUUAUUCUCAAAGACAGUAAUGAAGAAGUGGGCGCCAGGAAUGAACGCUAUUUGUCUGCUAUUUAUUACAACAAAACACCGGGUUUUGAGAUCAUUCAUGGAUUAUUGGAUCGUAUUCUCCAUGUGUUGGAAAUUCCCUUUUCUGCCAAUAAGAAAGGCGUCGGAUAUUUCAUUAGAGCGGCUAAUGAUCCGCGCUUUUUGUCGGGCCGUUGCGCUGAAGUUGUGGUCAACGAUAAAGUGGUGGGAAUUAUGGGUGUCCUUCACCCGCAAGUGAUCACUAAUUUUGAUUUAGCGCAGCCCUGCUCUGCACUCGAGUUAUCACUUCAGGCUCUUAUGACCCACGAUUUGAAUCAAUAAUUUUAUUUAUAAACAUUGAAUAAAACUCAUGAAUUUGAAAAAAUAAAUA